AUGGGACAGCAAUCGGUACACGUACAAGCAUUGUCCAAGUCUACACCCCAUGCACUCUCACCAGCAGAGAGGAGCAGUAGGAGACCACCCGUCCAGACGAAGAUGCGAUCCACUCCGUCAAAGACUCCGACAAAGUUUCCGUCUUCCCCGAAGACGAAGCCAUGCGGGAAAGUGCAAUGGAACUCAAGAUACUUGUCCGGCACAAGGUCAGAGGUGCAACAACUGCCACAAGUGGAACAACUCCGCCAGUGUCUGUUUGGAGGAGAAUGUACUUUUCAGGUUGAUCCAGAUGUUCGACAGGUUGUCAACCCCCUGCGCAAGGUGCCUGUAGCCCUACGCGACAAGCUAAAAAUAGAGUCAGCGCAUAUCAUCACCAAGAACUCACAAGACAUCUUCCAGCAGAAGAUAGACGAAUGCUUUGAAGGAAUGUCCGGAGUUGCUGCCAUUGUUGAUGACAUAUUGGUUUACGGCAGGACCCCACAAGAGCACAAUGACAACCUCAUCAAGGUUGCACCAAAUAUUGCUAACAUCACCAGCCAGUUACGUCAGCUGCUGCUGAAAGACACGGAAUUUAUAUGGGAUACAACACAGGCCCAGGUAUUCCAGAAGGUCAAGGACCUUAUAACCAGAACACCUGGACCUUUGCUUACAUACUUUGACCCGGGAAAACCAGUAGUGUUGGAGACUGACGCAUCUCAGUUUGGGCUCGUAGCAACAUUUUUGCAGGAUGGCAAACCAGUUGCAUUUGCUUCAAAGUCACUAACCCCAGCGGAAAUCAAGCACGCCCAGAUAGAGAAAGAAAUGUUGUCUAUCCUAUUUGGCUGCAAGAAAUUUCUCAAGUACCUAUAUGGUAGGGAAGUCCAGCUACCUGCAGGCAUGGACUUACAUGUGCACACAGUUAUGUCCAGUACAAGGAUGAGCGAUAGAAGAUUAGAGGAAAACAAAUCAGCAACCCCAGCUGACCCACAGAUGAAAAUGCUUCAGAACAUUAUACAUGAUGGUUGGCCUGAAAAACGCAAGAAAUGUCCAUCUGAAGCACUAGAAUAUUGGAACCACGGGGAUGAGAUGACAGAGAUAGAUGGCAUUAUAUUUAAGGGUCACAAGAUAAUCAUACCAAGAGACUUAAGACGUCAGGUGAUGGAAGCUGUACACAUAGGUCACAUGGGUUUUUGA